AUCGGGCGCCAACGGGAGGAGGAGCUGCGGCUGCCACCACCACUCCAGCAGGUCUGCUGGUAGGAGACAACUCGCCGAUAGCGAUAGCGCGGGCUGCAGGUCCACACGCCGGACAGACAGGCGGCUCUGAGGCCAUGGAGCCUGGUGGUGGUGACUUAGUGCGCUUUGGCCAGGGGCGGGCUGCCCAGGUGCUGCCAACGCGGUUGCUGCUGCUGCCGCUGUUGCUGGGUCGGGGGCUGCGUGUAGUGGCCGCGGCCUCCUCCUCUGGGGCGGCGGCUGAGGACAGCAGCGCCAUGGAGGAGCUCGCUACUGAGAAGGAAGCGGAGGAGAGCCACAGGCAAGACAGCGUGAGCCUGCUCACUUUCAUUCUGCUGCUCACGCUCACCAUCCUCACCAUCUGGCUCUUCAAGCACCGCCGGGUGCGCUUCCUGCACGAGACCGGGCUGGCUAUGAUCUAUGGGCUCAUCGUCGGGGUGAUCCUGAGGUAUGGCACCCCUGCUACCAGUGGCCAUGACAAGUCACUCAGCUGCACUCAGGAAGACAGGGCCUUCAGCACAUUAUUAGUCAAUGUCAGUGGAAAGUUCUUUGAAUACACCUUGAAAGGAGAAAUCAGCCCUGGCAAGAUCAACAGUGUAGAGCAGAAUGACAUGCUGAGGAAGGUAACAUUCGAUCCAGAGGUCUUUUUCAACAUUCUGCUGCCUCCAAUUAUUUUCCAUGCUGGAUAUAGUUUAAAGAAGAGACACUUUUUCAGAAAUCUUGGGUCUAUUCUGGCCUAUGCCUUUUUGGGGACUGCCGUUUCCUGCUUCAUUAUCGGAAAUCUCAUGUAUGGUGUGGUGAAGCUCAUGAAGAUGGUGGGACAGCUCACAGAUAAAUUUUACUACACAGAUUGUCUCUUUUUUGGAGCAAUUAUCUCUGCCACUGACCCAGUGACUGUACUGGCAAUAUUUAAUGAGUUACAUGCAGAUGUGGACCUUUAUGCACUUCUAUUUGGAGAAAGUGUCCUAAAUGAUGCUGUUGCCAUUGUGCUAUCCUCGUCUAUUGUUGCCUACCAGCCAGCAGGGCUGAACACUCAUGCGUUUGAUGCUGCUGCGUUUUUUAAGUCAGUUGGCAUUUUUCUAGGUAUAUUUAGUGGUUCUUUUACCAUGGGAGCUGUGACUGGUGUUGUGACUGCUCUAGUGACCAAGUUUACAAAGCUGCACUGCUUCCCACUGCUGGAGACAGCACUCUUCUUCCUGAUGUCCUGGAGCACGUUCCUCUUGGCAGAAGCCUGUGGGUUUACAGGUGUUGUAGCUGUACUUUUCUGUGGAAUCACACAAGCUCAUUAUACCUACAACAAUCUGUCGGUAGAGUCAAGAGGUCGAACGAAGCAGCUCUUUGAGGUGUUACAUUUCCUGGCAGAGAACUUCAUCUUCUCCUACAUGGGCCUGGCUCUGUUUACCUUCCAGAAGCACGUUUUCAGCCCAAUUUUCAUCAUUGGAGCUUUUGUUGCCAUCUUCCUGGGCAGAGCUGCACAUAUCUACCCGCUCUCCUUCUUCCUCAACUUGGGCAGAAGGCAUAAGAUUGGCUGGAAUUUUCAACAUAUGAUGAUGUUUUCAGGCCUCAGGGGAGCAAUGGCAUUUGCACUCGCCAUCCGAGACACAGCAUCCUAUGCUCGCCAGAUGAUGUUCACGACCACGCUCCUCAUUGUCUUCUUCACUGUCUGGAUUGUUGGUGGAGGCACAACACCCAUGUUGUCAUGGCUUAAUAUAAGAGUUGGUGUUGACCCAGAUCAAGACCCACCACCCAACAAUGACAGCUUUCAAGUCUUACAAGGGGAUGGUCCAGAUUCCACUGGAGGAAACCAGACAAAGCAGGAGAGUGCAUGGCUAUUCAGGCUGUGGUACAGCUUUGACCACAAUUACUUGAAGCCCAUCCUCACACACAGUGGCCCCCCAUUAACCAACACUCUCCCAGCCUGGUGUGGCUUGCUGGCUCGAUGUCUGACCAGUCCCCAGGUGUAUGAUAACCAAGAGCCACUGAGAGAGGAAGACUCUGAUUUCAUCCUGACUGAGGGUGACCUCACCUUGACUUAUGGGGACAGCACAGUGACUGCCAAUGGUUCCUCAGGCUCCCACACAGCCUCCAUGAGCCUAGAGGGCAGUCGAAGAACAAAGAGCAGCUCUGAGGAGGUGUUGGAACGAGACCUAGGAAUGGGAGACCAGAAGGUCUCAAGCUGGGGCACCCGCCUAGUUUUUCCCCUGGAGGAUAAUGCAUGACUUUCCCCCCAAACCCUGAAGCAAUGGGGUAGACCCUUCAGUGGUGUGGGGCUGGCUGCAUGCUCCAGUGUUGUUUGAGGUGGGGCAGUGACUGAGUGGAACUAAUGCUUCUGUUUUUAUUGAGGUCUGAAGAUAUCUUAACAUUUAAAAUUUAACCAAGAUACAGAUGGUGGGGCUCAAGUGUAUCUUAAAUCAACACAAAUGCAGACCUAUUCCCACUUCUUCACAUAGUAGUGUGCUGUUCUGAGUUAAACAAACAAAAAACAAUCGCAUGCUUUACUGGUCUCUUAAUUCAUUCACCUGCGGUACCUGAACAAGGUGUGGUAGGUGCUGGGAAUCCCUCCCAGGAGAGGCUUCAUAUCUACACAUAGCAGUGAAAAUCCAGCUGGAUGUAGAAAUAUCAAGAGAGGGGAGAACAGGCUAGAAGAAAGAUCUCGAAGGAAGGCAAGUGAGAUUGGACCUCCAAGGAUUUAGGGGAAGCUGGUGUUGAAUGGGGCAGAAAACAUGAGAAGGCAAUUUGAGUGCAGGCUGUGGCCACGAGGGCUGUGUGAUACCAACCUCAUCUCAGGAUUUUUGACUUCUUUUGCUACCUGUGUUUCCUCUAGACUGAAGAUUGGAAAAUAUAUCCACCAACAUUUCAACAUGGGGGAAAGAAUUGUAAUUCCUUCUUUGGAAAUUUCCAUAAAGAAGAAGUUACUGAAAUGUUUGAAACCAAAGGCAAAAUAGUGUUAUACUGUUGUUUUGUAAUUAACCUGAAGGCAGGAGAAAACGUUUAGAAACUGAUGAUGAUAUCACUACAAAAAUCAGUCAAUUCUUCAGGGAUGCUAUAUGAGCUGACUGCUUGGAACAUGAUGAAUGGGACUGAGAUAUCUACUGUGGGUUUGGAAGACAGCAAAAUUUGUGGAGUGCUUUGAUCUGGGGAAGAAAAGGCAGUAAGAACUCUAAAAGCAAUAGGUUAGUAUUCAGAGGGAAGAACUCACUGUGAAAAAUAAAUAAAUAUAAAGAAAAUACAAGGUAGUGUUCUAAAGACUGGAUAGAAUUCCAAACUUCAGGCUAAUAAAUGCAUGAGAUUUCAGUGGCCACCUGAAGAAUCAGAGGUGAACCAGUGGAAAGUUAAGCUUUCUUCAGUCCAGUAGAAGGUUCUGUCUACUCUUAAGAUUAAGAAUAUAGAUGUCUUGACACUGAGUGCCAUGUAGAGAAAGGUAAUUUUCUUGGUAUUUGGGGAGGCUUGCACCAACUUCAUGUGUGAGUGUGGUUCCAAAUUUAGGAUUUCAGUUUGAGUUCUCUUGUGGGUGAGAUAUUCUACCUGCCCACACCUGUAGUAAGUGAAAAUACUGAGAGAACUCUUGGAAACCAAGUUGGAGAUUCUCCCCUUUGUCUUUGUGCUUCAGUGCUAUUACAUUUGAAAACCCAGUUUCUAAAAAGUGCUUUCACUAAAUGUAGGCAUUUCUCUUACUACAGCAGACAAAAUAGUGGCCAGGUCUUAAUGCUCCCAUCAUGAAUCAGCCAUUUAACCUUUUAACUCAUAUUUCUAAUGGUUAAUUUUAAAUAAGACAGUGUUUCACACUGUUUUUCAGUUGAUAGUUUGUGUAAGCCAAGAAAAAUUUAUUAGUCAUAUGAAAUUUCUGUUAUUCAUUUUAAGAGAAAUGACUUAAUGUGGUUCAAUAUAAUAGAACUGAAUAAUUUUUAUUCCCCUUUCUAUCUACACUAACAUCCACUUUUAUUUGAUGGUCAUCCAUGGGCUUUGUAAGUUUGGAUAAAAAAAUCUAAACAUGCCUAAUGCUAUGUUUCCCCCUAUAGAAGCAUUAUGCCUAUUCUGGGUGGUGAAAAGUAGGGUGCCACCAGGCCCAGAAACUAUCUAACUGAAGACUAUCUGCUGUCAAUCUGGCAUAAACAAGAUUGACACUGCUGAGUAAUGGUAUAUCCAAGUAAACAAAGUUCCUCUCAGAGGGUAAUCCCAAGUCAUCUUGUGAACAUAUUUGUGUUGGGUUGGGGUGGGGUGGUUACAGUUCAGCAGAGUCAAAUGUUGUAGAGCUGUUCUCAAUGUUGGCUGCACAUUAGGAUUUUUUGGCCCAUUUAAAAAAAUAUCAGUAUAAGAGCCUACCCUCAGAGAUCCAGAUUCAGUAGGUUUAGAGUGGGGCCUGGCUUCCAUGCUGUUUUGUAUCCUCAGGGAUUCUAAUCUGGAGCUAGGGUUAAGAACUUUUAGUCUAGAACUUGCAGUGGACCCUACUUGAAAUGUUAAAGAAUGGCCUAGCAAAUUAAGUUAAAAAAUCAUUAGUUAUGUGGAACAAACUGAGUGUUCAUCAGUAAUACAGACUGGGUAGCUGUGAGGGAGUUUCGUGCUAAUAUUUGCAGAACCCAAGAAUGUACUCCAUAAAGCACAGCUGAAAUAAAGCUCCCAUUUGAAAACCUUAGAGCAUGAGAGGGAGAGAAGGAUGACUUCAGUGUAUGUAUAAGGAGAGGAUUAAAAACCUGUCAUCUUUCCUUCCGUUUGUGGGAAAAGGGGAGUUUUGUCUUAACUGAGCUUAACUGAGUGGGGUGACUGGACAAAUAAGCAUUGAUGCCGUGCAGCCAAAAAUCACACUGUGACAUCACAUGUUUCACCAAAUAAACAGCAAGGAGGUCUUUAGGCUGUGAUCUCUACACCUGAAAAUGUACUCUGUGGUUUGGUUGACAAAUGAAAUUUUAGAAAAAAACAAAAAUGCUAUCUUAGCUAUCUAUGAACAUUUCAGUCUGUUUCAUGUCCUUCCCCUACUUCCAUCAUAUCACUUCCUUUCUCUGCCCAUAGUUGAAGUUACUGUAAUCAUGUCAGAUAUUUAAUGUGAACAAUCAUUUCUGAAUGUAGAAACACUACUGAUACACUUAGACAUUGGUGACAGGGCAGCUGAGCAACUCAGAGAGGAAAUCAUCUGCUUGGGAAUUUACCUUGGUACCCAUUGUGAGUUCUAAGAGGUGAAUCAGAAAGCUGAUUUUACCAUGCUGUCAAACGUAAUCUGGAAUGAGUGUUGCUGUAAACUUACCUUGCUGAUUCAAUAAAGGGACUUUUUAUUCCACUUCAGAAAUGGGGAACUCGACAAGCUUUGUGCCUGCCUUUGGUGUUGAUUCUGUAGAUGAGUUAGUGUAGGAGCUAGUCUGUCAGAAGUUUUAGACGGAUAUCAAUUGAGUUCUGAUCUCUUCUGUUGUUUAUAAAGUGGGAAUCUGACUUGCCAGUGUAAUUUGCUACGUUCUGACACAGUAAGUUGAAGGAAUCCAGUGGUCAAGAGUUAGAAUUUAGAAACAACCCAUUUGAAUGCUGCUUUUACACUGAUACCUUGAUACCUGAAAAGACCGUACCCCUUUCUAAAAGCUGGUAAAUACAAUAUACAGAGAAAUACUCUAGAAACCAAUGUGUCUAACCAGAAAAAUCAAGUAGGAUCUUUGACAAUCUUUUCAAAAUAAGAUUUAGAAGUAAACCGUAUUUUCCAGUUUCAAUUUUCAUAAGUAGAAUUUUUUUAAAAACUAACAAACACAUCUUGUAUUGUUACCCAGUGCUAGCAGAAAUUGUAAAGAGUAAAACCAAAGUUUUUGAUGUAGGUUUUCUUUUUGUAAGCAGGGUAUACUAUAACCAUGGCCUACAUGCAACAAACACAUAGGCAGCCAGUUUUCUGCUACUUGAGCCUUGGAGAUGAGAAGGUCUGCCUGUUCUGCUGCCUUUUGAAAAGGUCUGAAACAGACGCGAGAGCUUGGGAGAGGCCACCUUGUCAUUCUGAUGUCUGCCUUUUAAAAAGGGUUAAGAGAAUUGCCAGAUAUCAUGAUCAGCUAGAAUCUUGGCCAGUGGAAAAUGAUCUGGGCCUGUAUGUUAGGGGAACUCAAUAGAAAAGGACAUGUAAAUAGCAUGAAGAACGCUGCAUCUCUGUCUGAAGCACUUAAAAAAAGUUAACAUCCCACUGCUACUGGAUGACUGUCUAAUUACAUGGACAUUUAGGGACUGAGUUUUGUUGUGAUUAUUCCAGUUGUAGGCUUUGGAGAAAGAGAUGAAUAAUUUUUCAGCUGUGUGGGUGUUAAGUUUAUGGAUUUAGAAUUCAUCACUGAAAUCAGUCGUUCAAAGUGUGACUUCAUAGUAGGGUCACUUCCUUCUAGGUUGUCUUUUUCUUUUUUACAUAAAAUACAUCUGGUACUUCUUACUUACAAGUCUUACAUUUGUUAAAAUUAUUAAAUGGGAAGGCCACUGAUAUUCAUUUAAUAGCUGAAAAGCAAUUUUUAAAAUAGAAUAAAAUGAAUUUAACAUAGAUGAUGUGACCUCUUUUUGUACAGAUUACAUACCAUAAUUGAGGAGAAUUUUGUCUUCUACUUCCAUUCAGCAGUGGCAAACUGGUGGUUUUAUAAAAUUAACAUUAUAGUAUGUUAUACAAAAUAACAUUAAAAUAUGUUUAACUGUGAAAAAGUGAAGACUUGGAAUUAUCAGCAACUUUUAUGUGCAAUAAGGAAAACUGAAGUUAGACCCCAAAGUGCUAUCUUUCCCUAGCAUCCUACUUAAUGUUUGCCUUUGUAUAUAUGUUUAGAUUGAUAUUGUAAAGCUAGCCACGUUUUCCUGCCUUUGCUGAUAUCUAACACAUUUUUCUCAAAGCUUUUUCUGUAUUUUUUAUAAAACUUAAAAUAAAAAGAUUAACUGGCUGAA